AUGGUGAAGGACCUAGGAGAUAGACUGCGGCUGUCUGACAAGAAGGUGGGUGAACUCACGAGAGAUUUGGAGCACUCUGGAGUUGUUUUACAGGGACUGGUGAAGCAGCGCCAUGAUAAAUCUGACAAGGAGUACCCCUUCCCCCCAGAUGAACAGAGAACGAACAAUACCAACCUAAAUUAUAACAAAGUACAGAAAAAUGUUGUGCCUGGAGGAAUAAGGGAGUCGCAAGAUCGUUUCCAAAGACUUUUAAUUCCGGCGACACAACUUCCUUCGGUUGCUUUUUAUGCACACGCAGCUGGUCAUCAAAACGGGCUUGGCGCGGGACAGACCAUCAAAUACCCCACCGUCGUUACCAACGUUGGCAAUGGAUUCGAUCCCAAAGUUGGAAUAUUUCGAGCACCCGUAGCAGGUGUUUACUUCUUUACUACAACACUGAUCAGUGAUCGUGGAGAGACUGUCCGAAGCACCAUCGUCCAUAAUAAUCAAAAUAUGGCAUACGUUUUUGCGGGAAAUGAAGGAACUCACGGAUCCGGAUCAAACUCUGUCGUGCUGCAUUUGAUGUCUGGACACUUGUUCACAACACAAACUCCCAUGUGUUUGCUGAUUCCUGGUGCACAUUUUCUGGAUUUCUGA